UGAACGCUCAUGGCCACACCGUUCAAGUUGCAGCAGUUGGGGGUGGUUUCUGACGAGUGUCUGCAAUGGGAAGAAGCAGUUCGCUGGUGUGAUGCCGCGCUUGCCAGAGAUGUGCCUGGCUGACUGAUGCUUCUCCCACGCAAAACCACCUUUCGUUUCGGUUCAACGGCGGUUCAGCUCCAAUAGUUUGCCCACAUUUACAUGCUAUCCACCUCAUCGAGGCAGCUUGAAUAACGCUGGCGACAGAACACCGUCCCAAGUAGAAUAUGGAGUGGGGACUAUUUCGAUGGAGGUGACUGUAUACGUCCCACUCGACUUGACGCCAAACGAUUUUCAGUCCACAAGAUGAAAUAAAUGCCUCUCACGAGCCUUUCGCCAGCGAUGAUGCCAAUACCACAAGAUUCCUGUGUGUCCGCUGAGCAUAGCCCAAGCAAGAACUUACUCAUCGUGGCAUCGUCUGUGGAUCGGCACCGAUAUACACCUAGGUCCCACGUUGCUUAUGUUGCUCGAACGUUGCGCCAAGGAGUGCUGCCAAUCGAGACAAACCAACGUCUAUGACGAUUCGCACCGACGCCACUAAGCUGAAGCUGUUGCUGCUGAGCGACCUGGAGGGGCAGAUCCCGCGUGUUAAUCAACUGUGCGAGGAACUGGUGAGCUCCGAGGACUGCGAUGUAAGUGCCGUGCUCGUAGCUGGCGGUCUGGUGGCCAAACGUGGGCCGCAUGACUACGAGGCGCUCGAAGCUGUUGCGGCAGCCGAAGGAGACAUGAUGGCGCUCAUCUCACGGCUCGAAAUGAUCAUCUGUCGCGUUCUCUACAUUCCCGACAAUAACGACCCGCCCACGACGCGCAGUAUCGCCGUGUCGGCGCCGUCAUUGACGCAAUACUCGUCUAAUGUCUACUACCAAGAAGAGCAACUUAUUGAGGGCGUGACGAUCAUGGGUGAAGCGCGAUAUUUCAAAUUAGUGAACGACGGCAAGGACCCGAUGCAGGACCGCGAUAUGGUGCUGGUACUGCGCGACUCAUCGGUCAAGACGCGGCUGCCUGUGGUGGAAAGCUCCUUCUUCGCUGGUCUGCUGCCGAUGUUGCAGUCGAACAAGCCAGAAGAACCUCGUGCGAUUGAGAUCAUUGGCGGCAGCGACCAGCAUCCACACGCGCAGCUUCCAUUGAUCUAUCCAGGUGCGUCCAUGCUGACUGAUAUGUGUUCAUUAGUGAAGAUCUUUUUGACAAUUGACGGAUGUGGAUUGACCAUGCAGGCUCACUGCGACUGGGCCAGUAUACGAUACUGCAGCUGGAGAAAGAUCCUUUGGAAGACAAGUGGUGCGUCGCAGCAGUCAUCUCCCAUCAGCUAGAGAAAGAAGAUGACGAGGAUGUCGACACCUCAUACUAAUAGAGCUGCUAGGUCACAUCUCGUCAAAAUUGAACGUGUAUACUGUAAUUGUCAAUUUUUAUUUUGGUAAUUUUUUUUAAUGCAGCUUUCAACUUUUCGCA